AUGUUAUUACGGAGAUCCUUACUAGGUACUUNUAAAUCCGCCUUUAACCGGAAUUUGAAGUUAUGCGUAGCGCGUUUCUUUGGAAUCCUUUUCGCCUUCAUUCAAACUGCUCGACAAAUGGAUUCAAUCAUGGUUAAAAUGAUUGAGAACUACAAUCGACAUGAAAUUCCAAGAAAACAGCCGGACAACAUGACAAAUUUGGACGUUCCUCCGCUGCUGGUGGAUGUGAACAUGUAUGUUUACAGUUUCAGUUCCAUCAGUGUGGUUGAUAUGGAUUACACCAUUGAUUUCCUUCUUCGACAACGAUGGCAAGAUGAUCGGUUGAAAUUUUUAGUUCCAACAGAUGGGAAACGGAAACCCAUUUCCUAUUUGAAAGAUCAUUUAUGGAUACCCGAUUUGUUUUUCCGUAAUGCAAAAAAUGGUUUCUUGCACACCAUUACGAAACCCAACUACUUGAUAUGGCUAGACUCUCAAGGAGUGAUUACUUUCAGUCAGAAGUUGUCUCUCAAAGUGUCUUGUCACAUGACUUUGGAAAAGUUUCCCAUGGACACGCAAUCUUGCAAGGUUAAUAUUGGUAGUUACGGCUAUGUAUACCGUUCAAUCGAUGGACUGCCUACCAACGUGUCUGCUCGAAAAGCGAUCGAAAUCCGACCGGAUUUGGAAAUCAAUGAAUUUACUUUGAUCUCAUACGACGCCUACUAUUGUGCGAUGCAGUAUUCUUCCACUGGACAAUUUUCUUGUCUAGAAGUCAAAUUUGAUUUACAAAGACGAUUUGGUUUUUACUUGAUCUAUGCAUAUUUGCCCUCAAUGCUGAUCGUUGUGAUUGCAUGGGUCUCGUUCCUGUUAGACUCAUCUGCUGUUCCGGCCCGCGUAUCGAUUGGAUUGCUCUGUGUCCUCGCUCUGAUCACCCAGAGUGCAGCAAUUCUAACCCAACUUCCCCGGGUGUCAUAUGUGAAAGCAAUUGACAUUUGGGUUUUUAUUUGUUUGGCAUUUGUGGUUAGUUCACUACUCGAAUUUGCUGCUGCCAAUACAAUUUCACGUCGACAAGCACGACAAAGGGUAAAGGUGCAUGGGGUUUCUCAGGGUUUACAAAUUGUCACCACCUUGUCUGCCCUAAGCGCGUUAGUGAAGACCAACGACGAGGCCAACGGAAAACGCAAAUCUAAUUUGGAAGCGCUGUCGGCUGAAAACAACGAAGAAACGCAACCGCUGAAUCCUUUGAGGAAAGUGAGUCCCCAUUCGCCUGAGGAUGCGGCCCCCGAUACCCGACUGACACACAAGUUUCUCGAGCCGGAACAACGUGAGUGCUCGCCGGAAUGCCCGUGCAAUGGUUCGUGGAAAGUGCAAUGCCUGGAUUUGGCAUUUGCGAUUGGCUAUCCUAUUCUAUUUCUUAUGUUCAAUAUUGCAUACUGGACCUACUACGUUUAUUAUAAACGAAAAAACUGGCUUCUUUAA